CACGUAUUAAAUAUUUUGUUUGGUUUUAGAUUGUAUUAGAAAAACGAGCGAAUUUUAUUUCAUUAAUGAAUUGAGGACGCUCACUUCUAAGACGCGGCGGAAGACGGAAUAACACAAUAUAUCCACGCAUUCGUUAUCGUUGCUUGUUUAUCCAUUUCAUACGCAUAAUGAUUGAUAACAGUGCAGCUGAAGAGGAGAUCAGCGGAGUUUUACAUGGUUGGGGCUAUACGAUGAAUGCAACUGAUUAUAUGAGUUCCAUGAAUAACCAGCGCCGGGCUGCGCAUGGUCCGGGAUCUACGCGCUUCACGGUUAUGGGUCGUGGUCGUGGUUGCGUGGAUGUUUCGCGUAGCGGACUAGAAGAAAUCCGAUUUGCCGCCCGUCUUAACCAACUGGAAGCUCAUAAUUCCCCAAUGGGACACCUGUCCACUACGGCAGAGACCCUUUCAAGGAACGUCGGGCCAGAAAUAACAGCGACGAUGCGAUCAUUCGGAAUUUGUGGCGCAGACGAACAAAUAGGUAGCACUCGUCGGACGGUGCUUGAACAGCAGCAAGACAUCCACAUAGAUGGAAACGUGCCGGUCAUACUGAACGGGGAGCUUUUCCACACGAAAUAUCGUUCAGUUGACGAAAGUGAAAACGAAGAUCAACCUCCUACGCCCUUGGUGCCAUACGAUCCGUCGUUGCCGUUAGAGGAGCAGUUUUCUACGAUCCCAGAAUUCCAGCCUCAACUAACGGCUACCGAAAAAAGUUUCGCUACAAUCCCGGAUGAAACAAGCCACCUUACAAAAGCAAAACCCGCCAAAAAUAAGAAAAAACAAAAAUGGACCAAAAUGCCGUUGGACAUUGUUAUAAACACACCAAAACCACGAGGGCGGUACGAUAUCGAACCAGAGGUCGGGCGGCCUCCGGUUGCCGGAAAUAGUAAUUAUGGUCCUCGGAUCUUGUAUGGUGCGAACGGGACAAAGAAUCUUUCUUAGCGACCGUACACAGAAACGCAAUAAGUAAACGAAAUGCAUAUCCAUAAAAUAUACUGACGGAAUGGUAUUUCGCUUGUGAAAAAAUGUGAUCAUUUUAAUCUGAAUUUGGAUAGAAGGACAAUAAGUUGUCCAUGUUAGUUGUCCAGCUACAAACAUUUUACUUUAGCUGAAUUUUUUAUUAAAAGGGAUAUAAUAAGUGUAAGAAUUAUGUGGACUAUCCGCAUGUAGAGCACAGCUUGAGAAGACCUAGUUUGCGUUGUAGUUUGGAGUAGAUAGGACAUCCUAACAGUGACCUUAACCAUAAGGAUUCGAAGGAUAGAGUAUGAAACGAGGAUACCGAUUUCAUAUCCAACCAAGCAGGGAUUGCCAGAGCUGUAGCAGAACAUUUUAUCAAGCAGGACAUUAUAGGCUUCCAUGACAUGCAAGCACAACAAUCCGGGAAAGCAAUCGUCUAUUGAGCAGAGAAUGAAAAU